AUGUCGAACACCCGGCAACUGAACGCACUCUCACCACCCAAGGUCCAAGUUACACCAUUGCCCUCAACACUUCCUCAUCCCAUUCCAACUGCCACCCUCACAGUCGACCUCAGCGGUCACACAACGACCAUUAUCACUCAAUCUUUCUCCGAUCGGAUAUUUAUCACCGUCACUCAGCUGCAAAAAUUCGGCUGCUUUUACCAGGCUACUACAUCUUCGGCUCCUUCCUCCGCGUUCGAUUCUCUCAGCGAUGAAGCCUCUCAGAACUCUCUACCACCUCCACUACCAACCACCUCAGUGACAAAACUGAUUGGCACGGAACCUUCGCCAUCAUACACAGCCUUGUAUCAGCUGUAUGUCGCUCAGAUUGCCAGUAUCGUCAAACACAGCGCGAGGGGGGAAGAUGCGAGACCGAUCGUGGUCAGCUUGGCGCUCAAGCCGAAUCCAAGUGCGACGAAGAAGGAUGGAAGCGAAGAAAGAAGGAGUCAUGUGGAUGAUGAUUAUGAGGAUGAGGCGCUGAUGACGAGCGAGGAGGAGAGGACGAGGUACAUGGGUGUGAUGGCUGCUGUCAAGAAUUGCAGGGUCUGGUAG